ACGCGCGAAUGACGUAAUCAUGACAAAAGUGUGUGCAGUAAACAACCCUCUUGACAGGACGUUCCUUUAUAUCUUGCGGAGAGUAUUUCUGCGCUUGUACACACUGUAGACGAUGGAAUCUACCCCAAGCAACUUGCUUAGAACGCCACGUGUGGUUUGUCGCAUGGAUGGACGUGACAUAUUUAUUGAGGUCGAGGAGGCCAGCGGUCGGGGUACGCUUUGGAGUUCGGGGCGGGACCUCGUCAUUGAGCUGGGGACGAUGUUGCCCUUGGACCAUGGUAGGGUAGAAAGGGCGGUGGAAGGCCAAGUAAGUUUGGCCAGGAGGAGAGGGGGCCUAGGGUUUGUAUCUGAGGUCAGGAAGUACGGCCAUCAAAUUCUUAGUGAUUCGUUCAUUAAGAGGGUGUUGGCCGGUCCUGAAAAACAACGGAGGACCCCUGGGGCUUCACUGAGCGGGAGGCCCCGGGGUACUGUAGAGUUGCCCAGAUCGAGACCAACGCCGGCUCCGAAUCUGACAGCGCUGGACUUCCCUGCGUUGCGAGGGUGAAGGUCGAACCUGAGGAGGAGGCAUUUGUCUCCGAUUCGACAUCGCUGGUUGUCCCUGAGUCGCCAGUGAGGUUGGUGGAGGUCAAGGCCGAGCCUGAAGGGGAGGCCUUCAUGGCCUCGCAGCCAUCAGCACUGGACUUCCUUGUGUCGCCAGUGAGGUUGGUGGAGGCUGCGUGCAAGGUUUGCCCCGAAGAAGGGGUCAUCAUCAUCUCAGAUGAGGAAGACAUGGAGGUUGAUGCUCCUUUGGCGGCUAACCUUGACCAGGAAAUUGUGGGGGAACCCGGUAUUGCACGGUCUAUAGAUGAAGUGGCAGAGCCCGCAGGGGCAAUGUCAUUUCAAGGUAGGAUGAUAAGAGGUAUGGACCGGUGUGAGAGACGGUCCAGGCCUCUUGAUAGAGGGGCAGAGUUAAAUGGAGGGGUUGGGACCAGGGAUAGAUCCCGGUCCCAGCAGGAUGAUGUGGGUUUUAAGAGGAAAAAGACCCAGGGUUGUCCCGUGUGUGGAUUAAGGGAAAGAUCGAUAAGACACCAUGUUGAGGCCCGGCAUUUUCCGCCUGUGUUUCGUCGGGAGGCAUGGGAGAAUCCGGAAAAGGACCAUGUGCGGUUUAGAGGGGUAAUAUGCGUCAUCAAUAGUCUGGGUCUCCAGAGCUUUGAUGAGGCUAUGCUUUUCGUGGGCCGCCAGAGGUUAUCAAUUUCGGAGCAGUCCUGCCUGAACGACAAGGACCAGGUCUAGUUAGAAAGGGUCUCUCGCAGGUUUAUGUUUUACAUUCCCCCUAUAUUCCACGUUGCACGGGUUAACUCGCGAGCGCUCCUCUUCCACUGAAGAGUGUUGGCCGCGUUGCUGAAGCUAUGCAGCCAAGAGGUAAGAGACGAUUUCCUUGCCCAAAGGUUUGGCAGGCGGCGCGGCGUGGUCCAGGUGACUGGGUCGACUCAGGCAACUGAGUUGAUGCAGAGAUCCGGACCAGAUUGUUGUGUGGCGGCCCAGGCUACUGGGUCGACUCAGGCAACUGAGUUGGUGCAGGGAGCCGGAUCAGAUCGGAGUGUGGUCAUGGAGGCUCAGGCGACUGUGUCGAGUCCAGAGAUGGAUUUGAUUCAGAGACCCGAGACAGUCAAUUGUGUAGCAAAAGGGGCCCAGGUGAUGGCGUUGGCUCAAGUGGCAGAGUCGGUUCCAGAGCCCGGGUCUCUAGGGAAUGAGCGUGAAUUGGGUGAUGACUUUGAAAUUGUACCUGUGGUUCAAGAGUGGAUUUCGGUUAGGAAUGCUGAACUCACCGCGUUCGACAGCCACUUUCACUUGGACCGCAGUUGUAAGACGACCAAGGUUGGUUCUAUUGAGGCGUUGGUGGGGCAUACCGUGUGGCCAAUGCCUGAGGUACCAGUGCGUGUAAAUGGGGGAGUUGCAGUUUUCUGCGAUCCACCCAACUACCCAAGGGAAUAUCCCAGUGUCACUGGUUUCGGGUCGGCUGUCGGGGUACAUCCUAAGGCGCCUCUAAGGGACGUUAAAGGGGUGGUAGGACAGGUGGAGAGAGAGUUGAGGAAGGAUGGGGUGGUAGCGCUUGGAGAGAUCGGUUUAGACAGAACCGUGUCUGAAAGAGAGUGGGGUAGGCAGGAGGAGAUGUUUGUAGGGCUGUUGGAGCUGGCUUGCCCUAGGCUACCAGUUAUUUUGCAUAUUCGGGGGCAGGACACGUACUCUUGUGAGGCUAGUGCCCUUGCCCUCCGACUCAUGCAGAAGAACGUUAGUCCGACUCAGCGGAUACACCUCCACUGCUUCACGGGAACCCUCGCAUUUCCUCGUUGCUACUUUAGCAUCUCAGGUCUGGCUGCGCGUUUUGAUGAGGUGCAAAAGUCAGCUGUGCGAGGGAUUCCGGCCGACCGACUCCUAGUUGAGACCGAUUCUCCUUACUUGCGAGUCUGAAGUAAGAAAGACAAUACUCCGGCGUACGUGGGUGAAGUUGCAAAUACGGUGGCCCAGAUCCGAAAGGAGACCCUCAGGGAGAUAUUGGGCACUACUGCUGAGAACGGCAGGCGUCUCUAUAACCUGUAGGGGUCGGAUACUGGAAACAGUCUGUUGGCGAGUUGGGGAUCGAACCAUAUGAGGGUGACGCGUUUGCGCGCGCCCUUUAACUAGUGAUUGAGGCGGUCGGAUGUCUGUUAAACACUGGCCAAGGGGCGUCGAUAAUAGAAUGUGUCAGGAUUCAGUAAUGUGGUCUAUGCUUAAGGACACGGUUGGUCAAAUUAUCAAAUGAGUGCUCUGGGUUUCAAAAUAAAUAAAUAAAAUACAAAGGUCACAUGGUGAUAAAUAAAUAAAAUACAAAAGUCACAUGGUGAGUGGGUAAUGCAAAGGAAAAAAACUAGUCAGGAAUGUUUCUGUAAGUAUGAGAUUAUAUUGUGUGGUCUUGGAACGUGGUAUAGGGGUGUGGCAGACUGUCUUGGCGGGGUGAAGAGGAGGGCUAUAAAAUGGGGAGGAAUAUGGUAAAAUUGACCGGACUGUCAGUGGACCAUCCCGACCGUUUUGCCCUAUUGCCCUCUUUACCGAAGAACGCGCGAAUGACGUAAUCAUGACAAAAGUGUGU